AUGGCGUGCAUCGCAGCGGCCCGUCAAAUUUCGGAGGCGGAGAAGGCUUUUCGCCAGGCGAUCGGCACUACGCUCUUUGUCCAAGUGAUGGGAUCAUCUCAGAUCGAAAAGUCGUCCGUUAGGCACCAGGCAUGGGGCGAGAGCCGCGAUUGGGCGUUUUUCUCGCACUGUUGCAACUCCUUGGGGGGGAACAUCCGGUCGACGCACCCCUGCGGACCUUGCGACUCGCACACCGCUUUCGCCGUGGCAUGCAUCAGAUCCACGGCGUUCAUGCCCGACCUGGGCACCCAGUUCCUUGAAAGCGUAAACGGCUCCAUUGCGAGCAAGGCUUCGAAGAGAAACGACUUUCCGCUGACGCACUGGCCACGGGCUCAAAUUGCUGUCAUGAAUCGCACGCUACGAUGCGGAACAUUGGGCGUAGCUAAUCUUAUCCGUGAGGAGCUUAGACUACCUAUCCUAAGCGCGCCUGCCGCCAAGGUCGUUUCGGAUCACGAGCGGAAGAACACGAGGGUGAGCUUGACUGGCGAGUACCAGACAGACGACCAAAAAAAGCAGAGAACUGCUGACAGAUACACCACUAAGGCGGACAAGUCCCGUCUUAUUGCCGUGUGGAAGGGGCUCUCCGCAGCAGACGUCGCUGAAAAUGAGAUCCACCCAUCCGGGUUUGGUGCGGUGGACUUGGCAUCCGUCAGAGGAAAAUUCGACGCCAUCACGGGCGACGACAAAGGCCCCGGCAAAGACGGCAGAGCACAGGACGGGGGGACGGCUGGAGGGAAAGGAAAGGGCAGCAGGAAGAGGUCGGCUGCUCUCGCCUGUUUGCCAGACUACACGGCUGCGGGGAGCGACACAUCUAAGAAUGCGAUCGUUCUUGCUGAUGUCCGGACGGGAGGGAAAAAAGCUCGGGUGUGUGCAGAGUGCACCGCUGCAGGGGUGGGCUUGCAGUUUUUGGCUGACAAGCAGCAUCAGCGAAAGGGGCAGAAAAUCUGCCGGAAGGUCCGAGAGGAAUGGGCGGCGAAAAAACCCGCCAGCCGGACUUCCUCGUAG